AUGGGCCAGAGCAGCUCGCGCGGUGUGUCCGCUCCCGCCGAGCGGCGGCGGAGCAGUCAGCACUCACCGACACCGCGCCGUAUCUCCCACGUCGCCGAUGGCUCCUCAACACCCGAAUCGCAGCCCACCUCUCGCUCUUCCGCCCACAAUUUUCUGUCCUUCACCCGCCUCCGCUCCGGCCGCCCAGAUGCUGGCUCGUCUCAAGCGCCCGAAGCUGUAUUGCGCCGCCGCUCCAGGCUGAGCCGCGCUCAGUCGUCGAUAUCAAGUAUCCUCAGCCGCCCACGCUCGUCCUCCCGCUCCCGCGACCGUCCCGCACGCACGAACACCCGCCGCUUGUCCGCGCCUUUCGCGCCUUUCUGGUCGCCUGCACAGCCUUCGUCCUCGACAUCGGAUUCUCCAGGCUCGCCACUUCCCCGUUUGCAGAUGCCCGAGCUUGCCGGUGCUCUCAAUAUCGAUGACCUAGCCCCCGAGUCCCCUGAGACGGACUCAUUGUUGCAAAGCCCACUACAGUCGCGGGAGCAGGAUGUGGAGCCCGAGCGUCCGACAAGUCUUCAGCACUCGAACAGCAUCCUUGAUCGAGUAGCCGGCAGCGUGGUGCCAGAAAGAAGUAGCAGAAACGUGAGAAACUCGCUGCGGCGGCGGAGGUCCCCCCUAAACCAGAACGAGGACAACGCGGCCAUGCUGUCUCGUCUUCUAUCCGUAGCGGCAGCCGCCACCGCAGCCACUCUCAUGGGCGAAGACCACCGAGCUGGUGCCGAGGCUCGCAACUUCGUGGGCGGGGACGAGGAUGGCACGUUUGAUGGUUUUCUUCAGUCCCUCCAGAAUGGCCGGAUAGCCUCUGCCCUCCGUGGUCACACGGCGGGCAUGGACGUGGAUCCGGAUGAGUCCGGACCGCCAGCGCCAUUGAACUUUUUCCGCAUGUUUAGGUUCGGCUCUUCCACGGCUACGAGGCGCGAAACCACCGCACCCAUGUCUCAGGGCAGUCAGGAUGACUCGGAUGAAGCUUCUGGUGCGCAGCGCGCAGACGAGGAUGGCUCGGAGAGCCAGGAAGCUCCGGGCUGGAGUCUCCUGCCGAAGAACCGCGGUCUCUUCACCAGCUGA